GCGCUCCCGCCGCGGCCCCCGGCGUCCGGCCCCCGCGCUUGCCGAGCGUCUCGCGGCCGUGCGGCCUCCGCGUCGCUUCCGGUAGUUACCCGACCGCCGGCCAUGGCCGCCGCGGGGGGCGCCCGGCUCCUGCGCGCCGCCUCCGUGGCCCUCGGCGGCGCUGCCCGUCGCUGUCUGCUCCACGCCGGACCCCGCGCGGGAGCCGGGGCACUCGGGGGACUCGGGGCGCCCCGGACGCUGAGCGUGUCGGCGCCGGCGCGGAGCAGCUCAGAAGAUAAAAUAACAGUCCACUUUGUAAACCGCGAUGGGCAGACGUUGACAGCCAAAGGGAAAGUCGGUGACUCUCUACUAGAUGUCGUGGUUGAAAAUAACCUAGAUAUUGAUGGCUUUGGUGCGUGUGAGGGAACCUUGGCCUGCUCUACCUGUCACCUCAUCUUUGAAGACCACAUAUUUGAGAAGUUAGAUGCGGUCACUGAUGAGGAGAGUGACAUGCUCGAUCUGGCGUAUGGGCUAACAGAUAGAUCUCGGUUGGGCUGCCAAAUCUGUUUGACAAAGUCUAUGGACAAUAUGACCGUUCGAGUACCUGAUGUGGUGGCCGAUGCCAGACAAUCCGUAGAUGUGGGCAAGAACUCCUAAGAAUAAAUUGGAAUAUUUUCACAAAAUUUUACUAUUUUUAUAGUUUUUAUUUCUUAAUGUAAUGAAAUGAGAACAUAGAUGAAGGGGUUUAUUAUGAUGAUAAGCUUUACUAUAAUUGACCUUACAUAAUACUGUAUUUUGUAGUUCUAAGAGUACACAGUCCUUAUUUUGGUUAAAUAAUAAAAAGCAAAUAAAAUAUUAGAAAAUAGUUAAUAUUAUAAAACCUUACAUAUUUUACCUUAUGUCUGUUUAGCAACUUUAGCAAGAUGUUUUCACACAAAUUUUAUCCCUAAUUACCUGUAAGUUAGGUUAAAAAAAGAUCUUUUCCCUGUUAGAUGCGGGUAAAGACAGAGCUCUAGGCCGUAGAUCAAAUUAGAAGGUAUGUAGUAGAAACCACAUCUUCUUACCCAACUUAUAGGUUCAGGUUGAAACUAGAGAAGUUAUGAAUACUCUUGUUUAUAGGAGUAAUUAAGUGGACAAAACUAACCACUCAGUAAACUGCUUCAUUUCAAAGAGAACUAGUUAUAAAUAAAUAUUUCAGAAUUUUGAUUCAGUGAAACAUACCUGGACUCCUCACAGCGUGGUGCUGGUUUCUGAGGGCUGGUGUCCUAAGAGCGAGCUCCCAUGCCAGGUAGAAGUCGUGUCCUUUCAGUGACCCAGUUAUGGAAGUCACACAGCAUCACUUCUGCCUGUUCCCUUCAUUAGAAGUGAGGCACUCAGUCUGGCCCAUCGCUUGAACAGAGUGGUGUCAGAGAACCUGCAGAUAGGCUUUUACACUACACUAUUAUUUUCAGCCACUAAACUAUUAUUUUCAGGUUAGCUCACUGGCAAGCACAUUAUUGCCUAUGAAAAUUGUCCCUUUAACCAACAAUGUUCUAAACAUUUCAAGAAGGGCUGGAUUUGUUCUUAUACUGCAUUUUGAAAGAUUCUUGUAUCUUCUUUUUUUAUGAUGGUUCAUUGGCUUUAUUCUAUAACUCCUAACAGUUUUCUUCUUGCCAGUUGGUUAAAAUCCAAGGGAAUAAUGGUGGGUUCUUUUUCAAUGCUGUAUAAUUUUAGUUUACAUUUCACUGCAUUUUGCCAUCAAGAAAGGCAGCCUCCUUUGGUAUAAUAGUCUAUAUAAUUGUUGGUUACAUGCUAAUACUUAAUACUGUAUUUGCUUUUCACAAAUAAAACCAACCUGUAAUUAUGUAAGUAACUCAAAA